GCCUCUCGGUUGCCCCAGCACACGGCAGCCUCAUGGGCAUUUACAACGGGGAGGAGUUCGUGUUCGAGGAGAGCAGCUGGUACAUCGGCAACCUUCUCAAGCUCCUCUGGCGCUACGGGCUCAACCCCCUGCGGAUGUACAUGUGGGUGGAGGACAUCCUGGACAAGUUCAUGCGGAUCUAUCGCUACCAGACGUACGACUACGCCUUCAGCAGCAACGAGCGCCUGCUCCACGCCCUGGGAGGGAACGACUUCACCCGCAUGCUGAACCAAACCAUCGACGAAGCCAUGCAGAACGCCGGCUUCUCCUACAAGUUCAUCAACGAGAUGGUUUGUCCGGCCAUGAGAGUUAAUUACGGGCAAGGUGUCAACAUCAACAGCUUUGUGGGUGCGGUUUCUCUGGCAGGGGUGGAAUCAGGCCUUUGGUCAGUAAAAGGGGGGAACAAACUGGUCUGCACUGGUCUUCUCUACGCCUCCAAAGCUGAGGUUAUCCCUGGGACGGUUUUGUCUAUUGAGCCAAAAACCAGACCCAGACGCACAGGGGAUCCGGUGAAGCUCUACCACGUCACGUACAACACUACGGUGGGACCAACGGGGGACACGUACGACAUCGUUGUCAUCGCCGCUCCGCUCAGCCGCAAAAUGGCCAACAUCACCUUCAAAAACUUCGACCCUCCCGUCCCAGAUUUCCCAAAUCCUUACCACCAGACCGUCACGACAUUGGUGCACGGCCGCUUAAACGCUUCUUUCUUUGGCUACCGGGAUCCGUCCGCCUUUCAUUUCGGUGCCAUUUUCACGACGGAAAAUCCCAAACUGUUCAUCAACAGCCUGGGGGUGGUGUCUCCCGUGGAAAAUGUUGGCACCGAAGGAAAGCUACCCUUGCAAUCGGCCGUCUGGAAGGUUUUUUCGAAGGAGGUUCUCACCAAAGAGCAGCUUAACUUGCUUUUCUCCUCUUACGACUCCAUCAAAGUGAAGAAAUGGUUGGCGUACCCCCACUACAGCCCCCCGGAAAAAUGUCCUCCCAUCAUCCUCCACGACAACAUCUACUACCUGAACGGCAUCGAGCGAGCCGCCAGCGCCAUGGAGAUGAGCGCCAUCGCCGCCAAAAACGCCGCCCUGCUCGCCUACCACCGCUGGUACGGGAACACCGACAGGAUCGACCAGGAGGAUUUGCACGAGAAGCUGAAAACGGAGCUUUGA